GCUCUCGCACUGGAACCGACCGGAGAGUAUUGUCUCGCGAGACCGACACGCUCCACCAUGUCCAUGUCAACUCACCGAUCCUCCCCAUUAUGUCCCUCCAGUCUGAUCACCGCCAGCCUCCAACUCCACUACCUUGCAGAAGGCGCCGCCAACAUCAUCUACAGCGUCUCCGUCCAGUCACCGCCGGCUCUCCUCCACCACUCGCACUGCUGCGUCAUGCGUCUCCGCAAAGACCUGCCCUCCACGAAAGCCGCCGUGCAAGCCAUGUCCGACUUUCAGGGCCGCAUCGCGCCGCUUUUCAACGAGAAGCACAAGUCGUUGCUGAUGGAGCAGGCACUCUACAAGCUCACGCCAGCAAUGGUGAGCGAGGCGAACGACGAAUUGAGGGAGAUUGACGGCGUGGAUUUAUCGGCCCUCUCGGCGGAAGAUGUCAAGGGCAAAAAGAUCCGCCACCACCACAGACGCCACGUCUACCUGCCCUCGUACGAGAACGAGCAGUACGGAAUCCUGAUGCAGAACUUGCAGGGACCGGGGAUUGAUUGGCUGGUCGAGUUCAAGCCGAAAUGGCUGGUGCAGAGUCCCAGCGCGCCUGUAGACGCGAGGAACUGCAGGACGUGCGCGCUCAAUGCGAUGCGAAGAAAAGCGGGAGCUCAUCAAGGGAGAGGUGACUCGGGCUUCUGUCCGUUGGACUUGCUGGCGGACGAAGACGCAGUGUUGGAGCGGACGCUGGCGAAUAUCUGGCCACUCGAGAAUGGGAUCCACAAGUUUGUGGCAGAGUUCAGAGAAAAAGUCCAGCCAUCUUUGAGACAUCUCCAGACUCUUCAGGAAGAGCAUGGAUCGGUGGGAGUGGACGAUUUUCGCAACCCGGAUGGUAAGGACUUUGGCGUGGCCAUGGCGUUGAGGGACUGCAGCGUCUUUCUAGCUCUGAAGCGGAGACCCGACUCAAGUGACCGAGUGGAUGUUGUAGACAUCAAACUUGCGGACUUGGAUCUGAAGACGACUGAGGGAGGAAAGGUCCAGAAAUGGGCAGCGAUGGAGGAGGAGCUGCUUGAGGGCGACUGGUACCAGAACCUCGACGGGUCGAAUUGUAGGAUCAGCCGUCAAAAUCUCUCGUAGCCAUCACACCACCUUUGUCCCUUCA